CUUGGAAAUUCUUCUCGGGUUUUUGGUUUGGGCAUGGAAUGAUACAUGUGUAUCCAGGACAAAUUGUUCUUUCUGGCACACUUGUUUUCUCAAUGACAUAGUUUGGUUUCUUCUCUAGGCACAUUGUUACAUCAGCACUGCCUGCCUUACCACCUGGGCCAUAACCUAUAAACUGUUAACACCUUCCAUGCUGAUCUUCCUUUCACAGAUCAAUAAUGAUGCUUUUUAGAAGAAAGAAGAUGGCUGCCUCUUCAUCCUCCUCCUCAGCUGGAGGGGUCAGUGGAAGUUCUGUGACUGGAUCUGGCUUUAGUGUCUCAGACCUUGCCCCACCACGGAAAGCCCUUUUCACCUACCCCAAAGGAGCUGGGGAAAUGUUAGAAGACCUCCUUGUGACCAACAACAGACAUUUGCCAAACAGCUGGCCAAGGUUAGGGAUGCAGUCUGUGGCCAUGGAAAAGAGCAAAGACGGCUCAGAGAGAUUCCUUUGCGAGUCCGUUUUCAGCUAUCAAGUGGCAUCUACACUUAAACAGGUGAAACAUGAUCAGCAAGUGGCUCGGAUGGAAAAACUGGCCGGCUUGGUGGAAGAGCUGGAGGCCGAUGAAUGGCGGUACAAGCCCAUCGAGCAACUGCUGGGGUUUACGCCCUCCUCGGGCUGACAGUGCUGACAUUGCCUCUGGAGCACAAUUAAGGGCAGAGCUGGGGAGGGUCUUUUCUGCACGGUCUCUGGAAUCCAGGGAUUCAGAGCUGCAUCUGGAAUGGUUUGCUUACAUUCACACUUGGUGCCUCUGUAAUAAACUACAUUCCGUGUAAGUUAGAACGCCUGUGGGAGGAAAAGAAAACACUACAACUUAACUAGGCUAUCUGACAGGGGAGCAUUUUUCUUCCCUAAGAGCCCCCUGGAGAUUGGGUUAAGUAAGACAAUCAGUUUCAGAGAAUUGGAAGGUUUCUAUUUGGGGGUUGAGGGAUUUUUUAGAAAACUUCACUCAACAAGCAGUGUAUGUGUCCAAAUUAGUCCACUUGGGAGAAGAAUCCACCCUGUCAGUCAUUCAGGCCCUGGAGCACCUCACCAAGGCAUGGUCAGAAUAAAGAUGUAGGAAAGAUAGCAUUCAUUUUCAAAGAUGAAUGGGAUUUAAUCAGGACAGAUCCAGAUGAAGGGCAGGGGAGAAAAUGUGUUAGCUGUAUUUUCUGUCAUUAGAUACCUCAGCACUGUUGCGUCCAACUUUGUGACAAGACCUUGUUAACUGCAUGCUGAAUGACUGGAAAGGACUUCACCUUUUUCGUGGGGAUACAGUGUAGAAGGGAAACAGAAGGGGCCUUUUAAACCCAGAAUUCGAAGGCCCUUCCCAGUGCUGGACUCAAGCUGUUCAGUGGCAAAGCAAUCCUUUCAAAGGGCUUCAAAUUGGUUUCUUUAUCCUUUUAAAGUCUCAGGAAUUGGGGGGGGGGGGUGUUAAAUUGCUUUGUUGUCAAUAAGGAAAAAAACUUUUCUCAUAAGUAAAUGGAGAUAUGUUUCACUUUGCAUCCAGUGAUUUAUCUGUGUACAGGUGUAUGGAGUUUUCUCUCACGUACGCCUGAAUAGUUUUUUCUCCAGUGGCAAGGAAGCCUGAAAACUGACAGCUUCUGCUCUCCCUCUGAGGUCCCAGAGUGGCAGACAUUGUUAUUGGACCAUGUGCAAAUUUUACCUUUUAGAAAGCAUCUUGAUUAUUUGGAAUUGGGCUUAUUGUUUGUUUUUUAAUGACUUACAAUUGAUAUACUUAAACCAGUUUAAUAAAUAAAUAAAAUCCUGG